AUGAAUGUCUCCACCGAGCAAAUCAACCUGACUGUCACCUCAUAUCUGAUCUUUCAAGGCAUUUCACCAAAUCUAUGGGGACCUAUCUCAGACGUCAAAGGGCGUCGGAUUGCAUAUGCCGGCACAUUUAUCGUCUUUCUCGGCGCUUGCAUCGGUCUGGCAGAAGCAAAGAACUAUGCCACUUUGAUUGUUCUACGGUGUCUUCAGAGUGCUGGCAGUGCUAGCACAAUUGCUAUUGGAUCUGGCGUAAUAGGUGAUAUUACUACCCGUGCAGAGCGCGGAGGGUUUAUGGGUAUCUUCCAAGCGGGGUUGCUUGUCCCUGUCGCCGCAGGACCGGUAAUUGGAGGUGCAUUAGCAGGAACGCUGGGAUGGAGAGCAAUAUUUUGGCUUUUAGUCAUAUAUAGCGGUGUUUUCCUAAUAACGCUGCUGGCUCUCCUUCCGGAGACCUUGCGGUCAGUGGUUGCAAAUGGAAGUCGGGUUCCUUCCAACUGGAUAGCUGGAUACCCGCUGAGUAUUUACAACAAGACCACAACAGUUGAGUGGGAACGGGACACCACAACUCCGCCUGGGGAGAAGAAGCGAAUUGACCUCACUGGCCCAUUUUGUAUUCUUAUACGCAAGCACGCUGCCCCAAUCAUCGUGUUCCUCGCUAUCUACUAUGCGGUGUGGCAGAUGAGCAUCACGGCUAUGUCGUCUCUCUUCAAGGAUCGAUAUGGCUUGAGCGAGACCCAAAUCGGCUUGACCUUCAUCGCCAAUGGCGUUGGGUCAAUGGUAGGGACAUUGAUCACUGGAAAGAUACUCGACAUGGACUAUCGGAAAAUCAAGACCGAGUUCGAAGCUCGCUCGACCGCGAAUAGCGAGGCAGGUAUGGGCGAGUCCCAUACGACAGGACAAGAGGACUUCCCUCUCGAAAAGGCUCGUCUCCGACUCGUGCCCGUAUUUGCCUUUCUGCAAUGUCUUUCCCUGGUUUUGUUCGGCUGGACAAUUCAGUACACCGUCCACAUUGCAGUCCCAAUCAUCUCUACCUUCAUCACGGGAUGGACGGUCGUAUCUAUGCAAUCUGUUAUCAUGACCUAUCUUGUGGACAUUUACCAAGAUAAAAGUGCGGCGGCCAGUGCCAGUAUCAAUCUUGCUCGAUGCCUGUUCGCUGCUGGAGGGACCAGUUUUAUCAUGCCACUCAUCGAUGCAGUGGGAGCUGGAGUGACCUUCACAAUCUGUGUUGGUGUUCAAUUGCUCGCAUUGGGUGGUCCAUUCGUACAGUGGAGGUUCGCUGCCGGGUGGAGGAGGACAGACCAUGAAGAAAAAAUGAAUGAUUCGAAAGCUUGA